AGGGUCGUGGCGGGGGGCGCGGGAGGGCGCGACUGUUGAUCCAUGGCGCAAAACGCCGCAUUGACGCCAUCGGCGCUCACAGGUAGCGAUCUCGCCCUCACCACACCACGGAGUCGCUCGACGAGUUCAAGCGCGUCACGCCACAGCAGUCGCGCGAGGCCCGGCAGAACGCAGCUCGCAGGGAGCUCGCGACCAAGCGCACCAAUUGGACAGCCGACAACCGCAAGCGCAGCAUCUACCAGGGCACCGGCGUGCUCGUCGAUCGGGAGCGCAGCAAAUCGCGGUCGCGGUCGCUCUCGCCUGGCGAGCACUUCCACUACGUCCACAAUUGCUUCCUGGACUACAACCGCUACGUCGACACCGACUACGCGGAUCUCUACUCCACCAUCCCGGAGGAGGAGGAGGUGA